CCCAGGUGGCUGCCAUCAUGACUCUACCUUUUGACGUGGUGAAGACACGAAGACAGAUCCAACUGGGAGAGAUGGAGACACUGGGAGUCCCUGUGAAGAAUCACACAUCCACAUGGCAUAUCAUGAGGGGAAUUUGGGCUGAAUCGGGAUACAGGGGGCUCUUUGCAGGUUUCCUACCCAGGGUGAUCAAAGUUGUCCCAGCCUGUGCUGUCAUGAUCAGCACCUAUGAGUUUGGGAAAAUCUUCUUCCAGAAGAUAAACCUUGACCGGGAGCAACAGGCCUGCUGAGGGGCUGUGUGUGGAGAAGCAGGGUUGGCUACCUUCUUCUGGGGCAGAAUGGGAAGAGACUAUUAGCAGCAGCCAAUGCACAGGCUUUUUGUCUGUUUUCUAGCCCUUUCUAUUGGCCCACAGGGAGGCUACUCCUACAACUGUGAAUACUGUCAUAAGUGUAUCCAUGAAUGUGUCCAUUAGUUAAAUUCAGAACUGUGGGGGAACGGCCCUGUGACCUGGCUUAUUCAGACUUUAGCAUGCUUUCCUUGCACGCUAAAAGGUGUUCAUAUUUGCUAGUACAGCCCCCUGCUGUUCAUACCUGGGAGAACACUUCUAACAACAACCCUAAAAAAACUGCAUGCAAAGUAAUCCAUUCAAUCAAGACCUUCCCUUCAACUAGUAGCCCAGACCAAAUGCAUGGCUGAGCUGAGAUGAGUGGAUAUUCUUAAUGUAGCAUUCUCUCAUAUUGAUUUGUCAUCUGACCAAUGGUAGCCUACUAUUCAAUGUCCAUUUUUGUGAUGGGAACAAAUACCAGGUGGGUUACCAUGGCUCAUUCCCCUAGGAUGAGAACUGGGUUUUAUGAGUUAAUUUGGUACAUGUUAUUCAAUCAACUGAAAUACUUCAGACAAAACAGCUGGCAAAUUGACUGUGCUAUCUAAAAGGGGUUGACAUACUUUUUAUUUAUAUUUUUACAUGAUUGAAUGUGUGCAGGUUUUCUGUUGAUCCAUUUCAGACCUGGGCUGAGUCAAUAUAGUUUUUUGAAGAACGUUCAUUAGAUUUUUUUUU